GGACAACACGAUAGCUCAACCCGCCGUUGCAAGGGUUGAGUUGUCAAAUAUCUAUCGGCUGCAAAAAAAAACCUCUAAUCCUCCUAAUUUCCCACAUUUUAAUCUCCAUUCUCUUGAAGGAAGAAUUCUAUAUACCGUACACCGAAAGCCUGCUCACUAUAACAGUCACCACUCCACAGCCAUCGUUACCUUCUAUCUUCAAUCGGAGAAGUUAAAAGGAGGAGGAGCCAAAGAUGCAAACAGCUUCUCAACUUCGUCCUAUAUUUUACUUUUCUAGCAGAAGGAGCUCUAUCAAAUCUGAUGGAUGGAUAAAACUAGGAGGUUGGAAUUCAAGUACACUUUCCAGCACUGGAAGAGGUCAGAGUCUUAGAUUUCUAACACCAACCCGCAAAACUAGGUUGUUUGUUCUUUCCAACACAGAUGAUGGCUGCCCAUAUGCCCCUGUGCUAGAAGAAGAAAGCAGUGCAAACCAUGCACCCUGUUCAGAGCCAGAGACAUUCUUUAGCAAAUGGUCUCCUCCAAGGUACUUAUGGAGAGGAUUAUCUGUUCUUGUCCUUGCAGGGCAAGUUAUUAUUAGGACUCUAAAGGGUAAAGUCCACUGGAGAAAUACCCUCCAACAACUGGAGAGAGUUGGACCUAAAUCAGUUGGGGUUUGUCUUCUAACCUCAGCAUUUGUUGGCAUGGCCUUCACUAUUCAGUUUGUGAGAGAAUUUACCCGUUUGGGGUUGAACCGAUCGGUUGGUGGGGUAUUGGCCUUAGCAUUCUCAAGGGAGCUAAGUCCUGUGGUUACAUCAAUUGUGGUUGCAGGGCGAAUUGGAAGUGCAUUCGCUGCAGAAUUAGGAACAAUGCAGGUUUCUGAGCAGACUGACACAUUGAGAGUUCUUGGAUCGAACCCUGUUGACUAUUUGGUCACACCCAGAGUGAUCGCUUCCUCUUUAGCUUUACCAUUUUUGACUCUGAUGUGUUUCACAGUAGGGAUGGCAUCAAGUGCCCUUUUGGCUGAUGGUGUUUAUGGGAUUAGCAUUAACAUCAUCUUGGAUUCAGCUCAAAGGGCUCUACGAUCAUGGGAUAUAAUCAGUGCAAUGAUUAAGUCUCAGGUUUUUGGUAUGAUCAUCUCUAUUGUGAGCUGUGCUUGGGGAGUUACCACCAUGGGAGGAGCCAAAGGUGUCGGAGAGUCAACAACUUCAGCUGUGGUUAUUUCUCUCGUUGGUAUUUUUAUGGCUGAUUUUGCACUCUCAUAUUGCUUCUUCCAAGGAGCUGGAGAUUCUUUGAAGAAUUGUGUAUGAUGAGGCUGGCCUCUUUGGCAUCUUUACAGUUUUCUUGGUUAAACCCAUUGUCUAUGCAUUUAUAAAAAAGUAGCUAGUUUUUCUGUUUGAUAGGAGAGAAUGAUUUGUAAAAUUUAUGAUUGGUGUGAUAAAAAAGAUUUAUGUAAUAAUUUCAGGAUCAAGUUAUGGAAAAAUUAUUUAGAUAUAUAUUUUUUAAAUAUAAAUCUGAAUGCUUUGAUAAUGCAUGA